CUGCGCCAGCUGGAGGAUACCUGGAAGGCUUCAGCUGGUCUCGGGGAAAGUUUUGCUAUGGCUGCUGCAAACGCGCUCUUAGGCGUAGCUCUGCGAGAAGCCACCCAGCGAAAAUUGCAGAGGUUUUCAGAACUGAGAGAGCGUCAGUUUAGUCUGUUUUUAAAUGAGUGCAUCAGGGACUUGGGAACUUUUCUGUUAUGCAGAAUUUUAGGUCAUACUUCAAAGCCUUUGUAAACUUGCAUGGCUCAUCUUCAGGCAAACCUGUAGCAGCUGGAGAAUUCUGGGACAUUGUUGCAAUAACAGCAGCUGAUGAAAAACAGGAACUUGCUUAUAAGCAACAGCUCUCAGAAAAGCUGAAAAAAAAGGAGUUACCCCUUGGAGUCCAGUAUCAUGUUUUUGUUGACCCUGCUGGAGCCAAAAUAGGAAAUGGAGGAUCCACACUUUGUGCCCUUCGAUGUUUGGAAAAGUUAUAUGGAGAUAAAUGGAAAUCUUUUACCAUCCUAUUAAUUCAUUCUGGUGGUUACAGCCAACGCCUUCCAAAUGCAAGUGCUCUGGGCAAAAUUUUCACUGCGUUACCUUUCGGUAACCCCAUUUAUCAGAUGUUGGAAUUAAAAUUAGCCAUGUACAUUGAUUUCCCCUCACAUAUGAAACCUGGGAUUCUGAUUACUUGUGCAGAUGAUAUUGAACUUUAUAGUGUCGGAGAAUGUGAGUUUAUUAGAUUUGACAAACCUGGCUUUACAGCUUUAGCUCAUCCUUCUAGUUUGACUGUUGGUACCACACAUGGAGUAUUUGUCUUAGAACCUUUUAAUUAUUUAGAAUAUAAAGACCUUGAAUACAGGUGUUGCCAUCGUUUCCUUCAUAAGCCCAGCAUAGAACAGAUGCAUCACUUUAAUGCUGUGUGUAGACCUGGAAAUUUUUCUCACCAGGACAUGGCUGGGGGUGACACUACCCCUCUUAAAUUAGAGUCUGAGUAUGUCUACACGGACAGCCUAUUUUACAUGGAUCAUAAAACAGCAAAAAAAUUACUUGCUUUUUAUGAAAAAAUAGGCACAUUGAACUGUGAAAUUGAUGCCUAUGGAGACUUUCUGCAGGCUUUGGGACCUGGAGCAACUGUGGAAUACACCAGAAACACGUCAAAUGUCACUAAAGAAGAGGCAGAGUUGACAGACAUCAGGCAGAGAAUAUUUCAUCUUCUGAAAGGAACCUCAUUAAAUGUUGUGGUUCUUAAUAAAUCCAAAUUCUAUCACAUUGGAACAACUGAAGAAUACUUGUUUCAUUUUACUUCAGAUAGCAGUUUGAAGUCAGAACUUGGCUUGCAGUCCAUAGCUUUUAGCAUCUUUUCUACAACACCAAAAUGCUCUGGUAACACAUCCUGUAUCAUUCAAAGUAUACUGGAUUCAGGAUGUUCUGUGGCAACUGGCUCAGUUGUGGAGUAUUCUAGAUUGGGGCCUAAUGUUUCAGUUGGGGAAAACUGCAUUGUUAGUGGUUGUUCUGUCAUAACAGAAGCUGUCCUGCCUGCAGAUUCUUUUGUGUGUUCCUUAAGCUUGAAGAUGAAUGGAUACUUGAAGUAUUCAACUAUGGCUUUUGGAGUGCAAGACAACUUGAAAAGGAAUGUUAAAACAUUGUCAGAUAUAAAGUUACUUCAAUUCUUUGGAGUCUGUUUCCUGUCAUGCCUAAAUAUUUGGAAUCUGAAAGUUACAGAGGAACUGUUCUCUGGAAACAAGACAUGUUUAAGUUUGUGGAAUGCUCGUAUUUUCCCAGCUUGUUCCUCUUUGAGUGAUUCAGUUACAACAUCCCUAAAAAUGUUAAAUGCUGUACAGAACAAAUCAGCAUUCAGCCUGAAUAAGUAUAAACUGUUGUCCAUUGAAGAAAUGCUUAUCUACAAAGACGUAGAAGACAUGAUAACUUAUAGGGAGCAAAUUUUUCUAGAAAUUACUUUAAAUAGAAAACAGUUUGAUUUAGAGGCAUCUUAAAUAUUAUAUAUACCUUACCUUUCUUGAUAGAGCAAGAUUGCAAAUAGAAGAGUUUUCUGUAGGCUUUUGUUUGUUUUACUGAAGUGAAUUAAUGAAAAUUACAUUAACGUAAUUGCUAUAGCAUAAUAUUAAUAACAAAAUGAAACAUUUUUGAUGAAAGAAUAUUUCAAGGCUGUAAGUUCAGAAAAGGGUUUUUUUGAUAUUACUAUUUUAAUUUUCUUUUAAUAAAAACGGGUUUGUGGAGCAUUGUUGUGUUCAUAUAGUACACAAGAAGUUUUAAGUGAUUUUCUAAACAUA